CUCACUCUCACUGCCUGAGCCGGGCGUUGACAGCCACCACUCCUCUCCACCGGUCAGCACACUGUGUCGUUUUUUUUUUUAGUGACUGCUACAAGAAAAGACUCCGUGCAACCCUGUUUUAUUUUGCAAGACCACUCCAGGUUCACGCACACUUUUUAAAGAAAAACAAGUCACUGUCUUUACCUUUCCAAAUCUUAUUUGCAAACAUGUCUGGAGAAGACGCACCUGUCCAGCAGCAAAACGCCGUGGACCAGAAACAGGAUUCCAAACCCACCGAGGAGCCCAAGACGGAGGUAGAGCCUGCGGCCGCCGGGGCUGCCGACGCGUCCGCGGCUGCGGCGGACGCAGCUGCCCCGGCGACAGCGACGACCGAGAAGGUCCCCGAAGAAGAGGCGUUCACGUAUCGCGCCCUGGUGCUCACCGGCUACGGCGGCUACGACAAAGUCAAGCUGCAAGUCAAAAAGGGCAAACCGUCCCUAAAGGCGGCCGAGGUCCAGGUGCGAGUCAAGGCGUGCGGGCUCAACUUCGCCGACCUAAUGGCGCGCCAGGGGCUUUACGACAGGCUUCCGUCACCGCCGGUCAGCCCCGGCAUGGAGUGCUCCGGGGUGGUGGAGGCUGUCGGGGAGGAGGUGACGGACAGAAAAGUGGGCGACCAGGUGAUGGUGCUGAGUCGCUUCGGCCUGUGGCAAGAGGUGGUGGCGGUGCCCGCCAACCACACCUUCCUCAUGCCGGAGGGGAUGAGCUUCGAGGAGGCCGCCGCCAUACCGGUCAACUACAUCACCGCCUACAUGAUGCUGUUUGACUUCGGUCACCUGCGGCCCAACCAGAGCAUCCUCAUCCACUCGGCCGCAGGUGGCGUAGGCACGGCGGCCACGCAGCUGUGCAAAACAGUGAAGGACGUCACAGUUUUUGGCACGGCAUCGGCCAGCAAGCACGAGGCCAUCGGCCAGGCCGGCGUCACGCAUCCCAUCGACUACCGCACCAAGGACUACGUGGAGGAGGUCCGCAAGAUCAGUCCAAAAGGACUCGACAUAGUAUUGGACCCUCUUGGAGGAUCAGAUACCCACAAGGCCUACAACCUGCUGAAACCAAUGGGCAAACUCAUCACCUAUGGUGCCGCAAACAUGCUGGCGGGUCAGAAGAAGAACUUGCUGGCCGUGGCCAAGAAUUGGUACCACCAGUUCUCUAUCCACACCCUCAACCUGAUCCAGAGCAACAAGUCGGUGUGCGGCUUCCACCUAGGCUAUCUGGAGGGCGAGACGGAAUUGAUCAGCCAGGCCCUGAACGCCAUCCUGGACCUCUACAAGCAGGGCAAGGUCAAGCCCCGCAUUGACUCCACCUGGCACCUGGAGCAGGUGGGUGACGCCAUGCGAAAGAUGCAGGAAAGGAACAACAUCGGCAAGGUGGUCCUCAUUACGGAGCCUAUGCCCGAGGAGGAGAAGAAAGAAGAGGCACCGGUGGCAGACAAGAAGAAGGAUGACAAGAAGAAGGAUGACAAGAAGAAAGACGACAAGAAGAAGGAUGACGGCAAGAAGGAAGAGAAGAAGGACGACAAGAAGAAGGAGGAGGCCAAGAAGGAUGAGGAGGAGAAGAAGGAAGAGGUCAAGAAGGAAGAGAAGUGAAAGGGGGGAGGGGAUCCAGAUUGGUAGUUUGGGGCUGAUGGUGGGAGUGGGGUGGGGAGAUUAAACCACUCUCAUUCCCAUCCAGAUCUCUUUUAGUGAUUACUCCUGCCUAACCAUUAAAAAAAAAAAAAAAAAUCACCUCAUCAGACAGUGAUUUUUUUUCCUUUCCCCCCACCUCCCGGUGGGUCGCCCAUCUCCACUCACCCUCUCCCAUCUAUAGCCACCUCUUCCAACUGUGCUUAAUUAUCGUUACCUGCUCCCCCUUUUUACUGUCAUGGACCUCACGCACAGACAGGCACAAAGACGACCAAGACGAACCGCACCCACCCUUCCUACCGCCCUCCAGUUAUGUCACUCAGAUGAGUCAGCGAGUCCUAUGAUUGGUCACCGCUCAGCACCAACAAGUAUCCCCUGCUAAUUUGACAGAGCGCCACAGUUAAUAAUAGUCGCUCAUAGAGAGCCUCUCUGUGUGUAAGAUGAAUUGGGCAGUGGGAAGAAGAGGGGCAUGUGGGUCUUUUUUUUCAACUGCUGACGGCCACAAGCUGAAAGAAGCACUGUCACACCGAGGCCUCCCUCUCGCUCCUUUUCAGCAAGUCCUGCCGGUCACCCCAACUCAACCAAAAGGGUGGGGGUUCCAGUACAAGCCUCCAACCCCCUCUUCUUCCCGUUCCCUCUCCGUGGUCGGCAUAGCAACAGGCGUGAGGCUUGUCAAGAGAUGCCACUAUCCUUCCCCACAAGCCUCCCCCCCCCCCCCAAUGUAUGCCAUCAAUGUAUCUCCCCCAUUCCUCUCUUCCUCUUAAAGUAUUGUAGGUGAUAACACUGAAAAGACAUGGGCCCUUCCUCUCAAAAAACUAAUUCCUUGAUAAAGCCUAGUGAGUAUUGACAAUUGAAUGUGAGCAAGUUGUGGCUAAAUAAAGUGCACGCCGCCGCCUAGUGGUCGUUAGAAAAGUUCUCAUCACGAGCGCAGAAUUUUGACUAGAUAGCUUCAGGACACCAAACAAACUUACGCAAUCCAAAGAAUUCUUAUCAAUGAAUUCGUCAGAGACUUUUUUUACCCUUCCUACUUGCUUUCAAUAUUCUCUUUUCGCUAUUGUCGUCGUGCCUUUUUCUGACUAAAAACCGGAAGACAUAUUUUUUGUUUUUAAAAAUACCCAAAUAGGUAGUAACUCUUGCCGUCCGUCUGCCUGCCUGUCUGUUAGUGUGGGUGCCCCCUAAAUGGCAACUGGUGAAUUUGUUUAUAAAUGUAUAAAAAAUGUAUUAGGAAAAAAAUGUGUUCAGCAUGAGUGGCCUCCCUCAUGUUUUGUGUGCCAUUGUGUGUGCGUGCGCAUGUGUCUGUCCUCAGGUCAUCUGUCCCCCAAACUAACCAAGCCCAGCGCCAUCUUUAACCCCCCAUUCCCACCCCCCAGCCCCGAGUCCCUUCCUCUUGGGCUGAACAGGGAGGACAAAGUGGUGUUUUGUACGUUUUGCACUCUGUUCGCUGAUCCUAAUGCACUUACAAACGAGGCGCUCGCACCCCAGCCCCGUCCUCCAUCCAUUCACCAGAUUGCGUGUGGCGCCCCCGAGUGGGCUGGAGUGUGAGCAGAGCGUGGACCCAUGCAUCCUGUCCAGCUCUGGUUCUGAUGACGAUGAUUAUUGUUAUUAUUCGUGUUUUGUUUUAAUCUGCUGGGCUCCCUUUGUGAACCUGUGCACGGUGCUUCUGUUUCGAGUGCCAUGUGUGAUGAAAGAAACGCGACCCCCACCCCUAAAAAAAAAAAAAAAAAAAAAAAAAAAAAAAAGUAAUGUAGUAUUUUGUUGGUUUGUUUGGAGUGUUGGGGACCCUUUUUAUUUUUAAGCUGUCUUUUGUGUCCGAACCACGUGUGCCAAAUGACAAUGUAUAUUCCUCUUGUCAAUGCUUUGAAUAUUUACAGCGCAUACAAAAAAAAUAUAUAUACAGUAUGAAGCUAAGUGUGGUUUUGGAUGCAUUUUCAAUCCUCUUUGGAAGUCAAGAUUUCCAGUGCAUCUAACAAAUAUCCCAAACAUGUGCUCCGAGAAAGGGUUGUUGUUGUUGUUUUCAUUUCUUUUGUUUUCCUCACUUUUGAUUGUCGGCUUGUCGCUCGAGCUCAUGGGCCCGCACUGUGCCAACUCCUCCUUGCACACAGCUUACCUCAGUCCAUCCCUAAACUAGACAGAAACAUCCUUUUCACUGUGCUCUACCAGCUCCCGUAAGUGGUCCGCCAUGACCCGUCCAUGUGUUUACAACCACGUCACAGUGAGAAGGAGCUGCACAAGGUCCAUUUUUACACUUCAACAUCAAGUGUACAUAAUGUGAGACUUACUUUCUUUCUUAACUGCAUGCACUCGUGUGGCGAGUGAGUGAGCAGAUGUUGUUCCGGGUCCAAACCAGACAUACUAGCCUGAUGUUUGAUCCCGUUUAAAAAAAAAACAACAAAAAACACUAGCUGUCUGGAAAGGGAAACUUCAUGCAUCUUUCGAUGUGCAAUACUGUGAUAAAAUGUCUUAGGCCGCCUUCACACCAUUUUUUUUUUUACUCUAGAUCCUCUGUUUACUAAAGUCAAGCAAUGGUUUUCAAACUUCCUAAUUAUUUUUAAAAAUUCAAGCUCUCGAGUACCAUCAUAAUGCCUAAUGCUUAGGCCUGCUAUGCUACUGUAUUGGAACAGUAGCAUAGUAGGCCUAAAAACAAGCCAGAGGUUUUGUUCCUAAAAAGAACAUUUAACAUAUGGUAAGCCACUGUAACUUGAUGCACAGUUUGAACAUUAACGCUGCACUUAAAAACAGCUAAGUAAAAUUCUAAAAACCUGUAGUGACUCGCUGCAGUGACCCCUGAUUGGACGGGCAUAAAGUUUCAACAGCUUCAAUAAUGACUGAAUUAAUCAGAAGUAUCCAGACAGGUCCAACUCAAGCAAAGGACUCUUAAACCUUCGUGCGUGGCACUAGCAGUUAGCCACGUAGCAUAGGGAAGGGGACCAAAGACAUUGGCACUGUAUUGUAUGUCAUAUAGCUCUGAGGUAAACUGCUGGUUUGUGGAUCCGAUCACCACUUCCUGCGACAUCUUUAAAUGGUUUUGCAGCAUUUCCAGACACUUAUGCAACAGGAGGAAAGUUUCCGAGCAAACACUGCGUGCGGUUCUGGAUUGGAUGUUACAUGCUCCUUUUCGAAGUGUGUGCGGCGAGGAAAGAGGGGCUGAAAAAAAAUGCACUGAGACAAUAAGCGGUCAAUCGUAUUCCUUUUUUUUGGGGGGGGGGGGGCUUCUGUGGAGCUGAUACCGGCUGUCUUUCAACAUGGUUUCUCAGGUCCUUCCAACAGUUUGAGCUCAAUUUACAGCACAAUCCGUCACGUCCGCGUCCCAUUGGUGGAAAUGUUCCCAAAUUCCACAUCGCUUUUCCAUUCACGCCUGCCAGCCAACCAGUGAAGCGGUCUCAGUUCAAGUUAUUGGCUGAUCAUGUACAGUAAUCGGAUGCAUGUUUAGUUUAAAAAAAAAUGUAAUGGUGUGUGUAUGUUGUGUGUACAUACAGCUUAGUUUAGUGUUCUUGUGGUAGUGUGGUGUGAGAAAGAAUGCCCGCUCAGUCAUGUGUCAAGUUGCCAAGCGAAGCCUCCAGCAUGGGCAGCCACCUAACUCUGGGAAUGUGCCGCCUCUCUUCCCCCGUCCCUGCACCAAAAUGUUCACCAUCCGACCCCUCCGCCCCCUGUCCCCCCGCAACACAGGCUUCCCUCAAACGUGAUAAUUUUCGCACGUGUUGUGUAGCUUUGUUUGCCCCAAU